UACCGUUCGCCCGCGAGGGGUCGUGUCUACUCGUCGCCAAGUAAACAGGGAAGGUAGGGGCGGGGCCAAAGAGGCGUCGGGACCUGGUUGGCCCGGGGAGGAUUGGGGGUUUCGCGGAUUGGUCCCAGCCGGGAUCUCAGCUGUGUGAAGCGCACCGGGUCCUGGAGCCCGCGGCCUGAGGGAUGGACGAGACUAGUCCACUCGUGUCCCCUGAGCGGGCCCAACCUCCGGACUACACCUUUCCGUCCGCCUCGGCCGCUCACUUUCCGCAGGUGCCGGGAGGCGCGGUCCGCGUGGCGGCGGUGGCCGGCCCGGCCCCCUCUCCGCAGGGCUCGCCAGGCCACGACCGGGAGCGGCAGCCACUGCUGGAUCGGGCCCGGGGCGCGGCGGCCCAGUGUCAAACCCAAACCGUGGCGGCGCAGGCCCAAGCCCUGGCCGCCCAGGCCGCGGCGGCCGCGCACGCCGCGCAGGCCCACCGCGAGCGGAACGAGUUCCCGGAGGACCCCGAGUUCGAGGCGGUGGUGCGGCAGGCCGAGGUGGCCAUCGAGCGUUGCAUCUUCCCCGAGCGCAUCUACCAGGGCUCCAGCGGAAGCUACUUCGUCAAGGACCCUCAGGGGAAAAUCAUUGCUGUUUUCAAACCCAAGAAUGAAGAGCCAUAUGGGCAUCUUAAUCCUAAGUGGACCAAGUGGCUGCAAAAGCUGUGCUGUCCCUGCUGCUUUGGCCGUGACUGCCUUGUCCUCAACCAGGGCUAUCUCUCAGAGGCAGGGGCCAGCCUGGUGGACCAAAAACUGGAACUCAACAUUGUACCCCGUACAAAGGUAGUAUACCUGGCCAGUGAGACCUUCAACUAUAGUGCCAUUGACCGAGUGAAGUCCAGGGGCAAGCGGCUUGCGCUGGAAAAAGUGCCAAAAGUUGGACAGCGGUUUAACCGCAUCGGGCUACCGCCAAAGGUUGGUUCAUUCCAGCUCUUUGUUGAAGGGUACAAAGAUGCAGACUACUGGCUACGUCGUUUUGAAGCAGAACCUCUCCCUGAGAACACUAACCGGCAACUACUGCUACAGUUUGAGCGGUUAGUGGUGCUGGAUUACAUCAUCCGCAACACUGAUCGAGGCAAUGACAACUGGCUGAUUAAAUAUGACUGUCCAAUGGAUAGUGCUAGCUCUCGGGACACAGACUGGGUGGUGGUGAAGGAGCCUGUUAUCAAGGUGGCUGCCAUAGACAAUGGGCUGGCUUUCCCCCUGAAACAUCCUGACUCCUGGAGGGCGUAUCCUUUUUACUGGGCCUGGUUGCCCCAGGCAAAAGUCCCAUUCUCUCAGGAGAUCAAAGAUCUGAUUCUUCCAAAGAUAUCAGACCCUAACUUCGUCAAGGACUUGGAGGAGGACCUAUAUGAACUCUUCAAGAAAGAUCCUGGAUUCGAUAGGGGCCAGUUCCAUAAGCAGAUUGCUGUCAUGCGGGGACAGAUCCUAAAUCUGACCCAGGCCCUGAAAGACAACAAGAGUCCCCUGCACCUCGUCCAGAUGCCACCCGUGAUUGUCGAGACGGCCCGUUCCCACCAGCGAUCUGCUAGCGAGUCCUACACACAGAGCUUUCAGAGUCGGAAGCCCUUCUUUUCAUGGUGGUAGCCCCACAGGCAGACAAAGGCACAUUGUCUGAGACUUGGCCUGGGAGAAAGCCUGGGGAGCAGGUUACAGGAAGAGCCAGAGAAGCCGGCAGAGAUCAGUGCCCUUAAGAGCCCUCCCUGUCUGCUCACCACCCCCUCAGAGCUUUCCCAAGCACGGGGAGAAGCACAAUCAGAAGGACAGUGUGUGCUGUUGGGCCCUUCUGAGAGCUGGCGUAGGGGGGCUGGCGCUCCGUGCAAGUAGUCCAGAUGCCCGGGAAGGAGCAUCUCCCUUCCAGCAUCUCCUGGGGGAAGGCUGGGAAACUCCCUUCCCUUCCUGACACCCUGCUCUGUAGCUAUUCCUCAUUAUAUUCUGCAUCAGAAAAAACCAAAUACAAAUUUAAAUAUAAAACCCAGGCAGAAUCCCAGAACCUCUUAUAGCAGAAAACCUCUGAUCCAGACCUAAAUUUGCAUGGGCCCAGACAUCUAGGUGUCUCACAGUUCCUUACCCCCACGGACCAAGGCAGCUAGGUGACUCGCAGUGCUGGGACAGACAGAAGCCACACUUCCUUUCGGUUUUCUGCCAAGUCGUCUUCCCCUUCUCCUCCCACUGGUGCAAUAGGCUGACUCCAGACACGAUUCUCACAGUGGGGAGACUUUUGCUCUAGAACUCCCAGCAGUUUUACAGUGAUGGUAUAGAUCACCUCUGCUCCCUUCCCUGCUGGGGACCCAACCCCUCUAGUCUAGGCCUGUAGGUUGCUUGUCACUCAGGCAAAGGCAGGAGGGAGGAAGUUGACUCCCCAGCAUGCAAAUGUGAUCCAUACCACCUGGGUAUAUGCUGGGAACUGUAAUGGUCUAUGGGUGAACUUAUCCGAGCCUUGCUUCCUUAGUCCUUGGCCGUAGCCAAAGGUAACAAACUCUCCCAGUCUGCUAAUUUGUUCCUGUUGUUUUAGAUGUUUUGUUCUCAACUCUUGAGUUAGUGCUUCAGUUCUGGGUUCUGGAGUGGCUCUCGAUGAGGGUUCUGGGGUGGGUCUCAGCACAUAAGAGGACAGGAUAUUAGGUCCUUGGACUUCUUUUUCCGCUACCACUGUUGCUUGCUGGAGGUAACAGGACUUGUGUUCCGCCUCCUGGUUGGCAGCUUCCCUUUGCUCCCCCACUUCUUGUUCCAGGCCAGUUUUUCCACGGCUUCUUGAGAAAGGCAGGGCCCUAAGGAGAGAGGCCUUCACACUGCCCCCCCCCCGUGGCUGCCCAACCCAGUGUGCAUCUUCUUGCUUCCAUGUCUCUCUUCCCUCAGCUGUCCCCCUUACCAGCUGUCCGAGCCCUUUCUACACCAAAGCAAAGAAUGGCCUCAGGGGGGAGUAAAGAGGGUGCCACCCGUGGCUAUGGGGCAGCCCUGUGCUACUGGACGUUUCAAGUUUCCGGCGUCCUGCGAUUGGUCAAUCAGCUUUGGAAAGAAACUAUCUCGAAGGUUUGAAGAACAACCAAAGAAAGGGAGCAAGGACUAUGGCUGUGUUCCCUCUGCUUGCCUAGCUCCCGCCAUGCAGGAGGUGUGCAGCUCUCUCGUCAGCUGCGCCAGGCUGGGCACCUUCCAGUCCAGCCCCCAGGAGCCAGCUUAUCCUGGGCUUCCACCCCGCUGACAGGAAGUCUCUGGAGCUGGGUACGCAUGCCCUGUGGACAAGGCACAGCUCCCCACCGGCCCCAGCCCUGACAAUCCCAUUGUGCCGACCCCGACUUUGGCCUUAGGGAUCAUUUUUGCGAGAACAUGGGAGCAGCAGGGCUCCCAGAGGCCGGAGAGGACCCAGGUGUGUUUAACUCUCCAGACAUCUGUGUGCAAACGUGUUUGUGAAGCCCCCACCUGGGUGUUGAGAGAGCCUGAGCAGUCUAAAGAGCCCGGUGCUUCCCUCACUGAGCAGAUCUGCACAUUGUCCUCAGGCAGACCAGCUCUGGGAUGAGAAGGAUAUUGGGUCCAAUGUAAGAGGGAGCUGGUCCCAGUCCUGGCAGGCCAAAGAGUAUGGGGCAUCCUUUCCUGGCCCACAUCCGUUCUCCUUGAAGCCUGUACUCAGGUUGCCUUGAAUGUGGACUUUGGGAGAGCUAGGGCCCAGAGUGCCGGGGCAGGCUUCUGGGCGGCACUCGAGGAACCGCCCGGCCCUCUGCCAGCCACAGGCCCUGUCUCCCAGUGUCAGGGAGUAGAGGCUGGGCUGUAGAGUGCUGCUGCCUCUGUACUGUUCUAAUGCACUGUAGAAAUUGUAUGUAAUGUAUUUAAAUCAAUGCAGAUGUAUGAAUAACAAGUCCAAUUCUGA